UAGUUGGGUCCUUCCGUCCCAUCUCUUCAUCUCCGUCAACUUCCGUGGAGAUGGGAGGGAGUUUGGGCCGGUCGCCGGAUUUCUCAGAGCUCUUGCCGGUCGCUGCCACCGAGCCUCAUCUUCACCGCGACGUGGGCUGCCCUGCCCUGGGAGCCAACCUACCGUUGCCACCUCGGUCCAGAUCUGCCUUCGCUGACCCGGAGGAAUAGGAUCAAGUGAGAGUGUAGCAGAAGGGCGAUCGCUGGUGCUCACGAGAAGAGUUCGCCCUUCGCCGGAGGAGGAGCCAGUUGGGAGCGGCAGCGGCCACACCGUCAUCGCCACAUGGAUGGGCAGGGAGAUGGUCGAGUUUCGGGGCAAUGGGAGGGAAGGUGGAGGAGGGCUCCCCGGAGGUGGAGCAGGUGGGAGCGGUCAUGCCGCCACUACGGCUCGCUGGAGGAGGUGCAGGAGGAGAGUUCGUGCCACUGCAAGGAAGAGUUCGCCGGAGGGUGUGGAUGAGGGGUAAGUGAGGACGAGACGGCGAGGAUAAGGAAGACGGGAAAAGGCAGAAUUGGGGGAAAUUUCGUACUAGAACGGAGGGCUAUAUGUUGCUACCAUUGCAGGCACACCUGCCUUCAUUACAUCCUCCGAUUUGUGAGAUAAGCAAAGAUCCAAGCAAAUGCGAGCCAGCUCAAGUUUGGAGCUUAACAUUGCUCUACUUGAGCUUGUUAGUGUUUGCCAUUGGGGAGGGCUGCAUGCGCGCUUGCGUACCGAUCCUUGGUGAGGAUCAGUUCGGCAAUGAUGGUCCACAGGAAUCACAUCUCAGGAGUAAAUUCUUGAGCUGGCUCAACCUUGCAAACUCUCUUGGAGCACUUAUUGGAUUGGUAUUCCUAGUGUGGAUCGAGAAUAAUUUGGGUUGGGACAUUGGCUUUAUGCUGUGUGCCGUUACUGUUCUUGUAGGUCUGCUAAUCACAGCCGGUGGACUGCCUUUCUAUGGAAUGCGCAAGCCCAACGGAAGUCCUCUAACUAGAAUAUUGCAGGUUUUUGUCACUUCAUCAAAGAAGAGGCAUGCUGCCAUUUUUGAUGUUGUUGAGCUGCAAGAGAUCAGCACAUCAGAUCAUGUAGAUGGUGACGGGGACAACAAAUCUGACAGCAACAAUAUUUGCACCACUCGAGUUGAUCAGGGAACUGGGGUUAUGACCCAGAUGCUUCCAAUCUUCAUCAGCUGCGUACUCAUCUACUUGCCUUUUACGUUGCUCAUGACAUUAACCAUACAAGUUGGCAGCACGAUGGACACAGGGAUAGGAAUGAUCAAGAUACCAUCUGCCUCUCUCAUCGCGAUCCCAACAGCAUUUCACAUGCUGAUGCAACCAUGCUACAGGCAAAUCUUGACACCGCUGCUGAGAUUCACAGGCCACACCAAUGGUAUUGCCCCUCUGCAGCACAUUGGUGUUGGCUCUGCAUUUGGGGCAGUGGCAGCGUGCAUUGCCACGUUGGUGGAGGCAAAGAGGCUGAUGGUGGUGGAGCAGAAAGGGCUAACGUUAGCAGCAGCCGGCGUCCCGAUGUCCAUCUUCUGGCUGGUGAUGCAGUUCUUCCUCCUAAGCAUCAUGGAUAUAGCAUGUAUUGGUGGUCUGGUUGAGUUCAUAAAGAGCGAGGCACCUGAUCCAAAAGCAAAACAUAUCGCACAAGCAGUGCAGUCUCUUCUUGUUGGAAUAGCAACCUGGUCAGGAUGUGCCUUUGUCCAGUUCGUCAAUAGAGUGACAAGGCACGGAGACAACGGAAGAGGAUGGUUAGAUGGAACAAACUUCAACAGGACACACCUUGAUCGCUUCUUCUUUUUAUUGGCAACCCUCGAGCUUGUGGCAUUUAUCAAUUAUGCAUUCUGGGCAAGGAGAUAUGCCAACAAGAAAGGAGUCAGUACCAUUAGAUUAGAUAGCAAUAAUUUGGGAGCUUAAAUAUCCAAACAGUAUGCAAUAGAUAGGUGAGAGAAAACAAAGACUUGUGAUUAAAUUUCUCCUAGAAUCUCCAUUGGUUUAUGGCGGCUUGACAGAACUUGCAAUCAAUACAGAGUAGCACACAGUUUUUCUAUCUGUCGCUAUCUUGACAGGCAGAAAAUAACUUUCCAAUCGUGCCUUUGAAUCCAGUAACUUACAUUGAAAGUAGAUGUGUAAACUGUCUUAGGAAGAACAUCAAUAUCCAGUGUACCAGAAGUUAUAUACUGAUGACUGACACGUCUUGUAGAAAUAGUAUAGCUUACGGUUAUUUAAGAAUGAGAGUAUGUGCUGUAUUGAGUAUUGACAUAAAACGCAUCAUUUCUGCCUGGCUUUCAAGCUUCAGUUAGCUCA